AUGUCGAAGAAGGCGAUCGGGAACCUGAAAUACGAUGGCAAGCUGCUACUAGACUUUCGCGGGCAACCUAUCAGAGAUUUUCCAAGCCUACCGCUGGUCAUCUCGAGCAUGGUUGAGGGAUGGCGAGCCGAAGCUUGGAUGCGAUCAGGUCAGAUGAGCGUGAUGGAUAUCGUCGCUCGGAUCCCGGUCAAAUGGAAAACUGACCCUGCAGGGCAACAGACUCCAGUGUCCAUUUACAAUUCUGGGACUGUCCGAGAGCGUGCCAGAAGGUUUCGAAACGACGCUGGACUCAUUAGCUGGAAGACUGGGGGCAAAGAUCCGAAGCUCGAUAAAUUCAUGGACGAACUUCGCUCGCCAGCAGAAAAAGCAAACAAUCAAACCAUAGGCCGCGACUUGACGGAUCUGGAGAAGGCAUCGAUGAGAUCGCUUAACAUUGGGACGCGGCCUGACCGUGCACAAGUCCGUCAAGAUCCGGAAGCCACACAGAAAUACCUAGAUAGGGUGCAGAAGAAAGCCGAUCUGACAUUCGACUUCGACUGUCGCGCAGAGCGCCCGGAGACACCCGAAGAUAUCCAAGAAGUCCAAAAUGCGCUCCAGCAGACCUACAGUGAUUUUGCGUUCUAUACCAACGUACCACUCGAGAUGCCAAAUACCCAAGCCACCUAUCUGGACCAGUGGAACUGUAUGCAAGUGCAACUCAAUAGGAUUUGGGCCAACGAUAGGACGAAGAAGACAGAGCCUCCGCAGCUCUUUGCACUGGGCAAGUGGACUGUGUCCUUCGAUAAUUGGGUGUCAGCUCCCCAGGCCUAUCUUACAUACGUGCGGAACUGA